AGUUGAGCGCCAUUUUUUUCCUCAACAGGAAAAAGGGGACAAAAGCUCGAUCAAAUAUAACUUAAUCCCCGACAGGAUCAUCGAACAUCAUUAUUCAUAUUUGAGCGUAUUUGCCCUACAUGGUGCGUAUUCCCUGGAUUAUGCGCGGCUGAGUGUCCGUGUGCAUCGUUCGCGGCGGAAGUAGCGACGUACGCGCACGCGGCGCCAGGGAAAGUAGAUUGAGACGUUCACGGUGGCACAGCGACAACUAGCCUGGAAAUUAAACCACGUCCCAGAGAGAAAGGCACAAAUCUGGACUGUAGCAGCAGGAGCGGUGAAGUGGCGCUCCAGGAGGGGGACACGCAGACCCCGGCAUCAAAUACCUGGGAGAAAAGGAUUCUGAGGAAUAAUGUUUCAGCUUCCGGUGGAAAACAUUGAUAAGGUUAGAAAAACACGGAGGAAAGUGAAAAACAUCCUGUGUGAGAUUGGCCUUGAGGACUGCCAGAACCUUCUGAAGGAUCUAAGAGAAAAGUCUGAGAAAAAUGUGCAUGAAGAGGAGGCAUUUCAGGACACCGAGUGGGUUGAUCUCACAGAUGGAUUCAAUGGCAAACUGCGGAAAAAGUGGCCAUACCGGUCUCGAGCAUUGUGCUGCAACCUGUGCAAGUAUUCUACACGGAGCAUCUACAACUUCAAGAGUCACGUCACUCGCAACCAUGAGUAUGAGCGGUCGGUCUGUGCACUGGCUCCCUGUACUCAGUGCCACUAUGUCGGCCACCCCAGGGCUGUCAAGAGGCACAUGCUGUUCUUCCACUCCAUGCUCACCGCUCAUGCAGGACCAGCAAGGGAUGGGCCUUUACCCACCCAUCGUGGAAAUGAGCGAUAUCAGUGUCGCAAAUGUGGAUUCCCAAGCUCUUCUAUCUUUGCUAUGAAGAAGCAUGUCAUUCUCAAGCACCUUGAGAGUUUAGCAGAACAGUUUAUUGGAUACCGAGUACAAGUGCAUGGAACGACUACUUUAAAGACAUAUUUCUGCAAGGUGUGCAAGGUCAUCACUGGAAAUUUGGACCAAAUGCUGCAUCACAUGCUGGUUGAACCAUCACACUAUUGGGUCAACACACAAGUACAAGGUAUGAUUACUGAGAACAAGAAUUACAUCAUUAAACCAACACCAAAUGGGAAUGGUGUGUUUGUGACAUUCCCAAGUAUUGCCCCAAAACCACAGCAACCUCAAGCAUUCAGUAGUAGGCCCUUGGUUUUACCGAAUAACGGCCAGCAGCCUGGGACAGUGGUGACGUUACAGCAAGUACAAGGAGCUUCAAGCAGCACCACUUUGAUAUGUACCCCCGGGACCAACCAGGCAUUUCUGCCCCCUCAAGCUUCAGCCUUGGUGCAGCUGGCUAGUGCUGAGGCUAAAGGUUUGCUUCAGCCUGGUGCCACUAUAGCCCUCAAGAGUGCUUUGCCCCAAGGAGCGCCUAUGGUCCAGUUUCCCACAAUGUCUAAUGUGCCUCUGAAACAGGCGCCACUGGCCCUAGCUCCCUCGCCGCUGCUCCCAGGGCAGCCACCACAGAAUUCGCAAAUCCUCCUCCCACCAGGACUGCAGGCCAACGUGACAGUGGCAACUAGCUCUGCAUCUCAGCCGGCUGUGGUUCCCCAAAAGGUACCAUCAAAUCAAUUCACCUUACAAGGCACCAUGCUGACUUCUCAGUCCUUACUGAGUCACCUGAUCCCCACAGGCAACAAGGUGAAUGGCAUGCCAACAUACACUUUUGCUCCAUUACAGGUAGCAAUGCCCGUCUCUCAGAGCACAAGUACACCUCUGAAGCCGGUCGAGCCAGCUAGUAAUUCUGCGUUGCAAACUAAGAAAUGGAUUACAUGUCCUCUCUGCAAUGAACUCUUCCCGUCCAAUGUCUAUGACAUGCACACAGAGGUGGCCCAUAAGACUAAAUCUACUACAUCCAAGUCUGAAAGUGUGGCUGCCCGAGCACCAUUUUUGAAGAAAAUGCCUGACAAAACUGUGAAAUGCCUAAUGUGCAAAAUUCUCCUGUCAGAAAAGGGUGUAUUCCAACACCUGCUGCAUGGCCUCAAUUGUUUGUACUGUUCAUCACUGUUCUUCUCCAUCAAACAACUUGUUGAACAUGUAAAGGAGCACAAUCCUACGAACAAAGCAUACUGCGACUUUAUAAGGCGGGAGUACAGGGUGUACACAAAUAAUGUUGGGAGAAUCCUGUUCCCUUACUUUGACGUCAACACCACUGCACCAAAAGAGGUCCUAGGAGAUAACGAGGUCAACUUGGCCCUGGUAACAAAUUCGCUUGACCUCAUCUUCCUGAAGAUGCUGCCCAGCAGCCAGCCAGAAAUCUGCCAGACUCCUGUGAAAAUCAACAGCGCCUACUGCCCCUUCUGUGAUGAGAAGUUCCAGAAUGCAGCUAAACACCUUCAGCAUUUGAAACAAAAACACUUUGUAGCGCCCACCAUCCAUGCUAUCCUCAACACAGAGGCGUUCAAGUGCAUUUACUGCAAUGGCGUGUACACAGGUAAGGUCACGCAGCAGGCUGUAAUGCUCCACAUUCAGCGCUGCCGGUGUUCACCCAAACAACCAGAACCACCUAAGACUAUAGAAAGUAAUGAUAUACCAAGAGGAAGACCACGACAGACACCAAAACCACCUGAGCAGAUCAGUCAGCCACAAGGACUGUAUUUCCUCCAAAUGCCACAAGCGGUCACUAUGAAACAAACUCUAGCUCCAGCUCCACCUCUGGUGACUCCAACUGUGUCCACCAUGAAGCCUCCGCAGGCGCCUCCAGAAUCAGAGGCAGAGCUGCAGUGCAAGAAGAGGCUGGAAGCAGCGUGGAAGGAGGUGAUGGAGGCCAACAAGCGGGAACGAGAAGAAAGGGCAGCCAUGCGCAGGAGACGGGAGCAAGAGAAGUUGAUGGCACCACCUGAGCCCGAGUUUCACAGUGACCCCACAGUGAAGCUGGUGCUGGAGCCCACUGUAGUUGAACGCCGCUCCGCUGAGGAGCGCAGAGACUUCAUAUCCAGAUACUUUCACCUGAACCCCUAUGCGACCAAAGUUGAAACCGAAGAGCUGUGCAAAAGGCUGACACUCACAAAAGCGGAGUUGGCGGCCCACUUCGGCAACAAGCGCAGCAAGUGCAUGAAGAGCCUCAAGAGGAGCACUGCUGUAGUUCUCCUCGGCUUCAACAUGACCGAAUUGAGCAAAGUCAAGCACAACCUUUUGAUCCCAGAGGUGCAGCCCACUGAAGUGUCAGAGCAGACAAACAAGCACAAAGAAUUAGAACCGGUGGAAGAAAGCGCUGAUGAGAAUGUGAUGGAGUCGGAGCCGAUGGAAUGACUUCAACAAUCGGAGACAAAAGAACAGCCUCAAAUGGCAAACGAUGCACAUGUAGAUGUCUGUGAUUUCAUAGGAGGAAAAACAGAUGCUUAAAUGAUGGCCUUGUGUUGUGUUCACACCAGAGAACUUUAAUAUUACGCAGUGCAAACUGUGUAUUUCCCAACAUACAUGUUGACUGUAACAGAGUGCUGUUUCUUGUUGUAGCCCGCAUUGGACAUUUUUUUCCAAUGGCCCCUACAAUACAGUAUGGAAAAUACAUAAAAUAUGAAUAACAUGUGUGAUGGUUGAUUGUGUAAAUCCUUGGACCUGCAACAUUAUUUAGCUGGUUACAGUUUCUCAUUCAAACAAUGGCUACUGACUUCAAGUUAAGCACUGUCCUGCUACUGCUGGCUGCUGUUUUAUAAUUUCUUGCACCAUUCAUUUAUUCACCCAUUUGUCCCAAAAGUGGUACAUUGCUGCUGUGUGAUGGGUUGAUGACAUGACUUUAGUGCUCGAGGUAGAGCUAAGGUGUUACAAAACCCUUUUUUAUUGCCACCAACACAACACACCAACACAUUAUUUUCGUUUGAGAAAACUGCACCCUUUGUCACAUUUCACAGCACAUUAUUUUUUUUUAAUCCCCACAUUGUUCUGACUUAGUUAUCUAUGUUUUCCCCUAUAUUCGUUUUAAGUUGAUGAAAUUUAUUUAUAUCAGGGACCAUGUACAAAAUACAUAGAGCUCAAAGCGAAUAUAUGCUUUGUACCAAAUUUAGCUACGAGUUAAUUUCCAUCUGUAGUCCCUGGGCAGGUAAACAGAAACAAUAUUUGAAUAAUUUAAGAGGGAAAAAUUCUCAAACGCCAAUCCCUGCACUUUUCAGAUGAGUGGUCAUCCAAACCGAACUGCAAAGAAUGUACAAAUGUUUGAAGAGUUCUCAGAUGACUAAAUUCCUUCAGCUAGUGAACACUUGGUUUUCAGUCUCAGGCCAUGUUGUUUGCAUGUGCUUUUCAUGUUAUUUAAAACCCAAUUCGUGCCAUUGUGAUUUCUAAAGUUGACAUUUUUGCAUAGACUUUCGUUGAAAUUUACCUUAGAGAUUCAACAGAACAUGAAAACCUGUUAUAGGAUGUUGAUAUGCGUGUCACCAUGUAUCUUGUGUUAUUCAUAGCUGUUUUCCUGACAGUUGAUUUUGUAUUAUGCCUGUUGUAUUUUCUAAAUUCUUAGAGGAACUAAACAGUUGGGAGUGGCACAGCAUCUGAAUCUGUCCAUGGCCGCUGUGACAUACAACAGUGGUUUGCUUUUAGUAAAAGUAUAUGAAAGCAGUUUUUCCUUACUGUUCAUUUGUAAUAAAAACUGUUUUUUUUUUUUUUUUUUUAAUCAAGCUGUGCCCAUGCACCUAAGGUAUGUUUCUUUAUAUAUAAUAUGGCAUAAUCUGGCAACUAGUCCUUUGAAAAGCAGGUACAGAGACUAUGGGAUGUGAUCAAUAUAAAGACAACACAUGUACAAUAAAAGGCUGACAAAUGGA